CGUAGGUUUAGAGUUGAUUUUUGUAUUCGGAAGCUCAUUGCAAACAUGUCAAGUCAGGUUAAAGUUCGUCUACCGGAAUUUUACCGGGACUCUGUGAUUUUAAUCACCGGCGUUACCGGAUUUAUGGGUCAGAUAUUGUUGGAAAAGAUCUUGUAUAGUCUGCGGCCCAAAAAAGUAUAUGUUCUGGUGAGAAGGAAGCGAUCGGAAAGCGUGGAACAAAGAAUGGAGGAAAUUCUACAAGGCAAGCUCUUCCACAGGGUCUCUCAGAGUGACCUUCUUUCCCGGAUAGUUCCCCUGGAGAUCGAUUACAGCCACGAUAAUCUGUCACUGUCCGAAGAUCAACAGCAAAUACUGGCUGCCGAGGUACAAGUUGUAUUCCAUCUGAUGUCGACGGUGAACUUCGUCGAGCCUCUAGAAAAAGCAUUUGAGAUCAACGUCGAAUAUACAAACCGUUUUCUCUCACUUGCGCGAUCAUUUCAACACUUGAAGGUGCUUUUGUACGUUUCGACCUUCUACUCGAACGGCGAUAAACCACUAGUGCAGGAAAAAAUCUACGACGACAUUUCAUUCGGGGGGUACGACAAUGUUAAAAGCAUCUUAGCUCAGUUGAACGCCUACGAGAAGACAGAAUUCACGCGAUUAGUGAUCGGAAAACUACCCAACACUUAUACCUUCAGCAAGAAAUGUACAGAGUCGAUGAUAAACCAAAAGUUCAGGGAUCUUCCUAUCGGAAUUUUUCGACCCCCAGUCGUUACUUCCAGCUAUCUUGAACCGUUACCAGGCUGGACUAAUAAUCUGAACGGACCCUGUGGAGUUAUGGCUGCCAUCCAUAAAGGAAUUCUAAGGGCCUUCCCAACCGAUGGAACCAAAAAGUGCCAAUUCGCUCCGGUUGACUUCUGUGUCAAUGGUUUGCUGAGUUGUGCGGUAGACCUUAGCCGCUCUCGAAAGAAUGAGCUCACAAUUUACAACUACGCGGAGAAUAUCGAUGAUUUUACAUGGGGCAGAGCGAAGGAUAUUUUGGUCAGCGGUAUUCCCUUUUUCAGGAGAAUACUCUUUGGUAAUCUACUGAUAGUGUUCACCAUGAGUCCGUUUCUCUGUCGCAUGGGAUACGCCGUUAUGCGGCUACAGGCAAGAAUCGGGGACUUCUUCCUAAGACCCAAGGACGAACGCCGCAGUCUCAGGGUGGUUACCGAACGUGUGAUCGCCUACGCUGAGCAGCUCAAGUUCUUCUGCUUCAACGAGUGGCGAUUGGAAAAUGGAAACAUGCGUCGGGUAGUGGAUAACCUUCACCCGGAAGAUAAAUUACAGUUUCCAUGUGAUAUUCGAGAGGUCGACUGGGACCAUUUGAAGACCGUUGCACCAGGAGUGGUACGGUACGUGUUGAAUCGCCCGACUGAAAGUGAAUCUCUUCAAUCGGUUCGUAGUAUAAUAGAUAAAAAUUAAAUCGAGUGUUACUGAAUAAAUGGUAAUUUCGUCUUUCAUUCACUAGAAAUAUUAGAAA